CUGACGAGGAAGGAGGAGGAGGAGGAGAAGAAGCGCCUCUCUCACACUCUCUCUCUCUCUCUCUCUCUCACUCUGCCUCGACCUUUGGACAGUUUGCAGGAACCCUAGCCAAUCGGAGCCGUUGAUUGGCCGAUCCAACGGCUGCCAUCAGUCAGUGAAGUGGUUAUCUUAUUCUUUGGGGGUUGGUUCCCCCAUCAUAAACCCUAGACGAUCUAUACAUACACCCCUGUACACGCGCGCGCGCGCACACACACACAAACCCUCUCUCUCUCUCUCUCUCUCUCUCUCUAUCUAUCUGCUUCUUCGGCAAGAUAUCCGUGAACCGCCUUCAAUCUCCCGAUCUUCCUCCCUUCUCUCUCCCUCUCCGUCAACACCCAGGAGAGAGAAACAGUCUCUCUCUCUCCCUCUCUAUCUCUAUAGCUAUGUGUGUAUGUCUGCGUCUUUUGAUAUUUUGAGAGGCAGAUCUGUCGGUUUCUUGAUCUUUCCCUUGCUUUGUUUACGUUACUCUUAGACGAUCGAGCUCCCUUGAUCGCUGUACCGAUCCGUUAAAUUUCGUGUCUUUUUGGCUCUUUGCUUCUGUCGUGGGCUGAAACUCACUGGGCCUUACUGUGUAAGUGCGCGUCGAGUCGGGAUCCCGAGUUCCGGGCAUGGCGGUGUUCUUCUUCGUCGGGGUCCUACUGUGAUGAGUUUGCGCUCUGGAGGGACUGAGAUUCGGUCGGAGUCGCAGCCCGGGUCGCUCGCGCGGGGAAAUUUUCCAACUCGGUGGGGACUCAGUGAGCCGACUCGGAAACUCGGUGUUGACUCAGUGAGUCGGACGGCGUGCGUGUUUGGUGUCGCUUGAGUUGGGGUUUUGUCUCCUCGGAGGUGAGGGUUGGCCCUGGAAGCUCUGGUGAUUGGGGCCGGCAAUGCCUUCAGUGGGUAUGCGAAGAACCACGAGGGUCUUCGGAGUGGUGAAGGCUGCGGAUGGGGCGAGGGUGCUGCGGUCGGGGCGGCGGCUCUGGCCGGAAUCAGCCGAGGGGAAGCUCAGGAAGGGCGGCGAGAAGGACGAGUGGUACAGCUUCGUGGAUAGCAAAGGCAGCGGCAAGCAAAUUGGGUGGGCAAAGAAUGUGAACGCGAAGCAAGAAGCCGUUGCCACCGACACUGGGGAUGGCGAAGAUCAUGAAAUGCCUGAUGCCAAGGCCGUGGCUGUGGUGGAGGGUGUAAUUAGUGAUGUGGAUAAGAUGUUUGGCGUUGUCUACUGCCGAAGACGGAGGAAGAGGAAGGCACCGGACGUGAGCGAUUUAGAUGAAAAGAAGUACAGGAUUCACUUCUCGCGGAGGCCAAAGAGGCUGAAAGCUGAGGGCAUCAAGACAGACACUUGCGUCCCGUUUAGGGGACUGGCUCUUGUCGUAAAGUCAGCUUCUUGCAGUGAGGAUUCCGGGUUUGUUGGAUUUCUUUUUUCUAUAUUGAGUUACAUGAGGAAGGUCAGCUUGGAGAUGUCUGAGCUUUCUGGGUUCUUGUCGGAGGACCCGAUCCGAGGGGUUUAUUCGUCACAUGGAGUUCGUUUCUUGUGGGGCCCUGCAUCCACAUUUGGCUCUGGGAUUUGCAAGUUGUUUGGGACCAGAGAUGAUAUACCGAUGUUUUUGGCUAAUUUUUCCGCCAUUCCAGAUUGUUUCAGGUCCUUACAUUUUGAUAUCUUCCUGAAGCAUCAUCCUGUGCCAUCACCUCGUGUAAAUAAUUUAACCGAUGAGCAAAUAGACAGCGAUGAUGACGAUGAACUGUCAGGUGACCGAACUUCUUUGCCUUCCAAUACCAAGCCAGUCGCUGACACUUCAGGUGGCAGGUUAGUGCUACACCUGCCUCUUAGGACUUUGAAAUCAGAUGGACGUUCUGCCCCAUCAAGGCAUGGCAUGAACACCCGUGGUAUUCGCAAGAGGCGUAGCUCUUUCAAGACAAUUAGAGCUAGAAAUCCUUCCCUUAUGGGUUUGAACAAGAACAAUGGAGCAUUAGCUUCAGAUCUUGUAAGUGCCAAGAAGAAUGGGUUCCCAUUCUCCUCUGUAGUGUCAGGUGGGCAAGUUAGAAGAUCUGGCCGUAAAAAACCUGCUCAAGUCGUUAAUGAAAUCUCCACAGCUACGACUACUGGUACUACUGCAUUGGCGCCCCUACAGGAUAUAGACUCAACUUCUUGUUCUGCGAAUUUAUUGAUUAUCGAAUCAGACAAGUGCUUUAGAGAAGAAGGAGCAACUGUUCUUUUAGAACCUUCAGCAUCAGGGGAGUGGUUUCUUGUGGUCAAAAGAGAGGGGCUAAUGCGGUAUACUUACAAGGUGAAUGAAGUGAUGAAGCCUGCUGUUUCGAACCGGUUCAGCCAUGCUACUGUCUGGACGGGGGAUAAUGGUUGGAGAUUGGAGUUCUUGAACCGGGACGACUGGUUCAAAUUCAAGGAUCUCUAUAAGGAGUGUUUUGACCGAAAUAAGCAGGUUGUUUCUCCCACUUCCUCUACUGUGGCAGCAGUUAAAAUCAUCCCUGUCCCUGGAGUUCGAGAAGUUCCAGAUUAUGAGGAUGCCAAUCUCAGUACCUUCUCUAGACCCAUUGCAUAUAUCACCACAAGCAAUGAUGAGGUUUCUAGAGUGUUGGUGAAGAGGACUGCAAAUUAUGACAUGGACUGCGAAGAUGAGGGUUGGCUUCAGAGAUUCAACAGGGAGCAGCAGUCCUCUGAGCAUCGGGAGGAUUUGGAGGAGGAGACUUUUGAGCUCAUGAUUGAUGCAUUUGAGAAGGCUUUCUAUUACAACCCACACGAUUUGUCGAAUGAGAAACCCGAUGCAGAUCUUUGUGCGAAUAAGGGAAGGAGGGAAGUCGUGGAAGCUGUCUAUAGCUACUGGGUGAAGAAGCGAAAGCAUAAGCGCUCAGCCUUGAUCAGAGCUUUGCAGGUUAAUCAACCAAGGAAAGCUCCACUCAUCCCAAAGCCCACUCUCCGCAAGAAGAGAUCUUUCAAGAGGCAGGUAAGCCACCAUGGACGUGGCAAACAACCGGGUCUACUUCAAGCAUUAGCAGCUGAAAGAGAGGCUCUCGAAGAGCAGAGGUCCCUGAAGAAGCUUGAGGAAGCUAAGGUCUCAGCAAGCCGGUCACUGGAGCUGGCAGUCUCAAAGCGGCAGAGGGCCCAGUUCCUCAUGGGGAAUGCCGAUCUGGCAGCAUACAGGGCUACAAUGGCCCUCAGGAUCGCCGAGGCAGCUGAAGUUGCGGAAUCGCUCAACGAAGUCGCCAACCACUUUCUUGACUGACUUGGAGGCAAAAAUGAUGAGAGACGGGAUUGAUGGAUAGUUUGAAGGGGUCGUUUUGUAAUUUUUGUAUAGGCGUUUUUCUGAGAGUUUGAAAGCUGUGUACAUUGUUCUGUAUCAUUAUGACCUCACAACUGAUCGAUGUUUGUAAAAGCCAGAAGAGGAUUUCUUUGAACUUCUUUUGGGAGAAGUGAGAGAUGGAAAGCCCAAAAAAAGAAAAAAAGAAAUUACAGGAAUAGUAUUUAACCCGGAAGUCUUCUGGGCUUGCUUCAA